AUGUCGAAAACAAAAGCCACAGUCCUCCCAAUUCCUUUCGUUGCACUCCUUUUUGUUGUCCUUCUUAGUCAUGCAAGCUCCCAACUGCAUGAUGCUCAAGAACAAGCUAUCCUAAUUGAGCUAAAUCGAUACUGGCAAAAUCCAUCCUCCAUCAGCCACUGGGUCCCGUCAUCAAACUCUUCCUACCAUUGCAGCUGGCCUGAGAUCACCUGCAUCAACAACUCAGUCACUGAGUUACACCUUGCUAACAAGUCCAUCGGUGUAACAAUCCCAUCUUUCAUUUGUGACCUUAGGAAACUUACAUCCAUUGAUCUUAACUACAACAACUUCGUAGGUAAGUUUCCAAAAACUUUGUACAACUGUUCCAAACUUGAGUACCUGGAUCUCUCUCAAAACUACUUUGUUGGCGCAAUCCCUGAUGACAUUGACAGCCUAGGUCAGCUCCAGAACUUGAACCUUAUGAAUAAUAAUUUUUCUGGUCAAAUUCCAGAAGCCACUGGACAGUUACAGGAGCUAAGGAGUCUUCAGCUCUGUUCCAACCAGUUCAAUGGUUCUUUCCCGCCAGAAAUUGGCAACUUGUCUAAACUUGAAUUUUUGGGAUUGGCGUAUCUUACGAAUUUGCUGCCAUCCAAGUUGCCUUCCAGCUUCAAACAAUUGAAGAAGCUGAAGACAUUAUGGACGCGUAAAGCAAAUUUAAUUGGUGAAAUCCCUGAUAUGAUUGGAGAUAUGACAGCUCUCGAGGUAUUGGAUUUAUCUGAAAAUGAACUAACGGGAAAAAUCCCAAAUGCUUUGUUCUCGUUAAAGAAUUUGAAGAGGAUAUAUCUUUUCAGGAACAACUUAUCCGGAGAGAUCCCUCAAGUAAUUAGAGCGUCCAAUCUGUCUGUGAUUGAUCUUUCAACAAACAAAUUAACUGGAAGGAUUCCAGAUGAUAUUGGAAAACUAGAAAACUUAUUGGGUUUAGUUUUGUUUUUCAAUCAAUUGUCAGGUGAAAUUCCAGAAAGCAUUGGACGAAUCUCGACACUAACAGACGUUAGACUGUUCAGCAACAAUCUAUCGGGCACUCUGCCUCCAGAUUUUGGUCAAUAUUCCAUGCUCGAGUAUUUUGAGGUUGCUUCUAACAGGCUUACAGGGAGGUUGCCUGAGCAUUUAUGCUAUGGAGGUAAGUUAAAAGGAGUUGUAGCUUUUGAUAACAAUCUUACUGGAGAAUUGCCAAAAUCACUUGGUAAUUGUAAUAGCUUAAUUAUGGUUGACAUUCGCAACAAUAGUCUUACUGGGAACAUUCCUAGUGGUCUAUGGACAUCGUUGAAUUUGUCAGAGUUGAGGAUAAGUGACAACUUGUUCACAGAUGAGCUCCCUGGAAAAGUUACACACAGUCUCGUCCGACUCGAGAUCAGUAACAACAGGUUUUUUGGAAAAAUUCCAGUUGAAGUGAAUCUAUGGAGCAACCUUUCUGUAUUUAUUGCCAGUAACAACUUCUUUAAUUGUGCAAUUCCAAGAGAACUAACAGCUCUUCCAUCUCUUACUAUGCUUUUGAUUGAUCAAAACCAACUCCAUGGCUUCCUUCCGUCUGAUAUAAUCUCAUGGAAGUCACUCCAAACUCUAAACCUUAGUAGAAAUAAACUUUCUGGACAAAUUCCAGAGGCCAUUGGUUUUCUACCGAACCUUAAGGGAUUGGAUUUGUCAGAAAACCAAUUUUCUGGCCAAAUUCCCCCUCAACUUGGUCGUCUAAGGUUUACUCCCUUCAACCUUUCUUCCAAUCAUCUCAUUGGGAGCAUUCCAAGAGAAUUUGAAAAUGUUGCAUAUUCAAACAGCUUCCUGAACAACCCCGGUCUCUGUGCAACUACUGCAAAUGUAAACCUUGACAUUUGUGGUUCACGGAAAAACUCAAGCAUAAGUUAUCCACAUAAUCUUAUUUGGAUUUCAAGUAUUGUGAUAGCAGUUCUUGCACUGAGUUUUUCAUUUUUAUUGUUCAUGACUAAAUUUUAUUGGAAGAGAAAUCGCGCAUUAGUUUCUUCCAUGUGGGAGCUCACCGCUUUCCAAACGUUGAAUUUCACAGUAGAAAUAAUUUUGUCAGCACUGAAAGAUCAAACAAACAAGAUCGGAGAAGGGGGGUCAGGAGAAGUAUACCGUGUUCGUACAACUGGCAAUGAUGAUUUUGUUGCUGUUAAAAGGAUUUGCAAUAACAAAAGGUUGGAGCAGGAACUGGAAAAGGAAUUUCGAGCUGAAGUUAUGACAUUGAGUCGAAUUAGGCAUUUGAACAUAGUGAAACUGAUGUGUUGCAUUUCAAGUGAGUAUUCAAAACUUCUUGUUUAUGAAUACAUGGAAAAUGGUAGCCUAUACCUAUGGCUGGACAAGCAUCGAGCAUCAGCUAUCACCUUGGACUGGCCUAAGAGAUUCCAGAUCGCAAUUGGGGUGGCCCAAGGACUCUGCUAUAUGCACCAUGGUUGCUCUCCACCCAUUAUUCAUCGAGACGUGAAAUCAAGCAACAUCCUAUUAGAUUCCGAAUUCAAUGCAAAAAUUGCUGAUUUUGGUCUUGCUAAGAUGUUAAUCAAACAAGGAGAACCUACAUCAAUCUCUGUGGUAGCUGGCUCCUUCGGCUACAUAGCUCCAGAAUACGCUCGUACAAAAAGAAUAAACGAGAAGAUCGAUGUUUAUAGCUUCGGAGUCGUCCUUUUGGAGCUAACAACGGGAAGAAAAGCAAACUAUGGAGAUGAAUACAGAUCACUUGCAGAAUGGGCUCAAGAUUUCUUUCAAGGAGGCAACUCAAUAGUAGAUGCAUUAGAUGAAGGUAUUAGAGCAGCUUGUCACUUGAAUCAAAUGUGCAAUGUCUUCAAACUUGGAAUCUAUUGUACUAGAACAUUGCCUUCAGAAAGACCCUGCAUGAGAACAGUUUUGCAAAUGUUACUCCACAGCGCUCAUCUUCCUAAUCAUCAGGACAAGAAUGCUGAAGAGGAGUACGUUACGGUUCAUAUGCUUCGGAAUUUGAAGGAUGGAAGCACAUCGGUUAGCGAUAAUGUUGAUUCAGUAUGAAUUCAAUUGAAGGAUUUCGUUGAAGAAUGGGUUCGCUACUUGUAUGCUGGUGAGGCUGCAUCUCGACAAAUAACCUGGACUUCUACAAGCUUGACUGCUUGUAGUUUACUUUUCUUUUUCGAGGAAACUAAUGUAGUUUACUAAUUACUUAACCUAUGUGUGUAACUAGGUGCACAUUCCCUGUCAAUAUCGCUGCACCAUCCUUCUGCUCUACUAUGUAUGUAAUUUGGGGAGAUGACUCUUUGUUGUAAAUCUAUCAUUAAUAAGAGGAAAUCCCGGAUUUGAGCCUAA